UUCCUGCUGCUUUGAAGCCAUUGUCCUAGCAGUGGUAAGAAGACUUAAUGAUACUGCAGCUAAGUUCCUUUUCAUUCCAUUCUGUAACUAUGAUGUUAAUUACCAUGCAAUCUGUGUAACUGCCAUUCUGAAAAAUUCAACUGUUAGCAGGGUUCAAAUCUGCUUAGGUGUAUAUUGGACCCUUUUGAGGGAGAAGGUUCCCAUUUCACACACCAGUGUUGAUUUGCAGGGUGCUUUUUUGUUGCUUCAUUUUUUAAACUUUCCUUGUCAGUUUUAUGGGUGAGCAGAUAGACCCUAGAAGAUAUUGUCAGUGCAGUUUUUGGUCAUAGCUUUUUUCAUCUGAGGUGUGUCUAAGCUUGAGAAACUGUCCUGGAUCAUAAGCAAAGCAGAUGAUCAAAGGCUGAGUAUUGAGUGUUCCAGCAUCAUUGAUCGUGAAAGAAUGGAGGCAUAUCAGGGUUUGUAAUCUCAAUACUUUUGCCUGGGUGCCAGCAAGAUGACCUGUCCCUGAAUUGUGAGAGCCCACAGCAGUACACUGAGUGUUUUGCUAUAAUAGAAUUAGGACCUUUCUCAAAGCAACGAAGGAAAGCUGGUUUUUUUUUGUCUUUUAAAUGCUUCAUUGGGUAACUUGGCUUCUUUAGCUAUUAGCUGUAAACUGUCAGUGGCCUAGGGGAAGACGCUGGAAAAGAAGAUGGUAUAUUUUUAAUGUGAUUAAAUUGCAAGUUCUGAUUUUUGCUUGAAGCCUGUGUAUGUCGAUUGCUGCUCCUUUUUUUUUUUCAUGGGAUUCCAUAUUUCUUUCAGAAAUGUAACUGUUUAUGCAAGUCAAGUGAAUCUUCCUUAAUGAGCUAUAAGUUUUUAUUCUAAACAAGUCAUUUAUAAUAGUAAAUUUGCAUAUCUUGAUAUUUUGUGAGAUGUUAUGCCUGUAUUGCAGAGGUUGGAUAGUUUUGUCUAUAAAUAUUGCUGUCCUAAUUGUACAGCAUGGUUUUAAUUUAAUGUUACUGUUCAAUAUUUUCUUCUUAUAGAAGAGUCCCAUGCCCCUUUUUUUCUAUAACAUGUUUUAAUAAAUGUUAUCCGUCAACUUUGUAAAUGUUUUCUUAAGCUUGAAUGAAAAGAAUGCAUGUCUAGUACUAGUAUUUAAUAUUUCACUUUGCCAAAAUAAGUGCUCAAAAGUACAAAUCCAAAAGUUGUUGAUAUAUAACUUUAUUAAAUAUAUUAAAAAGUGUAUCUAGUAAUGUGUCUUCUUGAAAUAAUAACACGUCAGCUUAGUCUAAGAAAACAUUAAACUAAGACCUGAUUUUUAAGACACAGUAAGUUUGAUGAAUUUGUUGGAUUAGACCCAUUUCUUUGCUGCUUUAAUUAAUUGGCUUCCAUGCUAGUUCAAAUUUGUCAAACAGGUUUUGUCGUAACUGUUUUUUGCAGAAUGGUGAUCUCUGAAGUUACAGUAGAGAAUGUACAUGCUGAUAGGAAAAUUGCAGAGCACUCACUUCAUAGUAGCAGCAACCACAUGUCCAAAAGGCCUCUUGGUACAGUUGAAGUAGGUACAGAUAACAUAGAUUUUUUUUUUCUUGUCUAAAUACAAAGGAAAUUUCAUGCUGCGGAAAGUAUUAAAGAUGAAGUUUCCCUUACCUUCCUGUGAGGCUUCUUUCUCUCCUUGACUAAAUUCAGGUACUUAUACUGAACACUUGAUUUUGUCCAGCCUCCAUCUGCUCAGUCCUUGUGGAACUGUCCCAGCUGCUGCUUACUGUGUAAGCAAAAAAUGAGCUCACUCUCAUUGAAAGCAUGUUCAGUCAAUACCUGGAGAAGUCAGUAUUUAUGUAAUACACUCAGUCUUCAGCAAAUUCAAAUGGAAUAUAGUACCAGAAAAUUAAUUUUCUAUUUUUGUUUACAUUUACUGAACAUGGAAGAAUAAGCCCAGCGUUUUCUGCCUGUUCAGAAUUAGUUGUUUGAGUGUUUUUUCGCUGAGGGAACAAAUACAGUUUGUCUCUGUGUUCUUUAACUGUUGUGCCCUGGCCAGGAUGCUUCCCGGGCCGCUGCUUGAUUUGAUCAACAUUCAAUGCCUAAUGUAUGAAGAUUCUGUUCUGUGUCUUAAAGGGAGAGAAAGACAUGCCUCCAGAAGACAGAAUGUGGUGUCUGGUUGGACCGGGUGGAUAUCCCAGCAGGACCUACUGGCACCAGUCACUCUGACUGUUUUCAAGUAGUACAUGACAAUCAGUACACGAACUGUCUGGUUCAUAAACUGAAUCGAUGCACUACCUGACCUACAAGCAAAUGCAGGGUAACGCCAAAAAAAGCACAUGCUUGCUGAAGAGAUUUCUGUGAGUGACAAGACCAGUAUAAUACAGCAUGUAACAUAAUAGAAAAAAAAAAUCUACUAGUAUAUUGUGAUACAUUGGAUAUGCUUCCUGCAUCUGAAGUCAAUGGAUGAUGUUGAGAUCUGUUUGUUCGAUUGGAAAAGCAGAUUACUCUUUACAUCUGUAGAAAUGGACAGCAGCAGUUUCAUUCAGUUUGAUGUGCCAGAGUACAGCAACACUGUUCUGAGCCAGCUGAACGAACUCCGCCUGCAAGGGAAACUCUGUGACAUAAUCGUGCACAUUCAGGGUCAGCCGUUCCGUGCCCAUAAAGCUGUCUUAGCUGCCAGUUCUCCGUAUUUCCGCGACCAUUCAGCGUUAAGCACCAUGAGUGGCCUAUCUAUAUCAGUAAUUAAAAACCCCAAUGUUUUUGAACAGUUGCUUUCUUUUUGUUACACUGGAAGGAUGUCUUUGCAACUGAAGGACGUUGUCAGUUUUCUGACUGCAGCUAGCUUUCUACAGAUGCAGUGUGUCAUUGACAAGUGCACACAGAUACUGGAAAGUAUUCAUUCAAAGAUCAGUGUUGGUGAAGUUGAUUCUGUUACUGUUGGUGCUGAAGAAAAUUCAGAGAAUCGUAAUGGCGUUAAAGACAGCAGCUACUUUGCCAACCCUAUUGAGAUAUCUCCUCCCUAUUGCUCUCAGGUGCGACAGUCAACAGCAGGCAGCGAUCUUCGGAUGGAAACUACUCCAGGCAAAACUCUUCGUAGUCGUCUGCAAGAAGAAGGGCAUUCAGACCGAGGGAGCAGCGGGAGUAUCUCUGAAUAUGAGAUUCAGAUUGAAGGUGAUCAUGAGCAAGGAGACGUGAUAGUAAGGGAAAGUCAGAUUGCAGAGGUGAAAGUUAAAAUGGAAAAGUCUGACAGACCAAGCUGCUCUGAUAGCUCUUCCCUUGGUGAUGAUGGAUAUCACACUGAAAUGGUGGAUGGAGAGCAAGUGGUGGCGGUAAACGUUGGUUCCUAUGGGUCUGUCUUACAACAUGUUUAUUCAUUUACUCAUGCCUCAUCACAGGCAACAGGUGUGUCAGAAACCUUUGGAAGCAUGAGCAAUACAAGUCCUUCAAGGUCAAUGCUGAGCUGUUUCAGAGGGGGUCGUGCGCGCCAAAAACGAGUACCUACAGGUCACUUGCAUAGUGAUGUCCAGGGCUUGGUGCAAGGGGCUGACAGUGAAUCCGUGGUGAGUAAUCCAGGAUAUGAAAAUAGUCCACGGGAAAGAAAUGCAAGAGGUCAUUGGUAUCCAUACAAUGAGAGGCUAAUUUGUAUUUACUGUGGCAAGUCUUUCAACCAGAAAGGGAGCCUUGAUCGACACAUGCGAUUGCACAUGGGAAUAACUCCUUUUGUGUGCAAGUUUUGCGGAAAGAAAUAUACCCGUAAAGACCAGCUUGAGUAUCAUAUCCGUGGUCACACAGAUGACAAGCCCUUUCGCUGUGAGAUCUGUGGAAAAUGUUUUCCUUUCCAGGGUACACUAAACCAGCACUUGCGAAAAAAUCACCCGGGGGUUACAGAAGUGAGAAACAGGGUUGAGUCUCCAGACAGAACAGAAGCGUUUGUGGAACAGAAAGUCGAUAAUGAUGCUUCAGCUUCUGAAGCCAUGGAUUCUAGUAUGGAAAUUCAUGCAAUGUCUAACACAUCUGAUUAAAAUCUUACAUCUAAGUGAAACACAGACAAGCACAUUACUAAUGUAUUUUUAAAGUAUUUUAUUCUUUUAGUAAUCUUCAGUACAAGUGUAACAGCCUUUUCAUUUUCCUGAUCUCCUGGAAAUCAGUUAGAAAUGGUUUCUGGAGAAGACUUCAGAAGUAUUCUUUGUUUUUGAAGGAGGCUGAAUUGUUUGGGGUUUGUUUUUUUAUAUUUGAAGACGCUCAGAAUAUAAAGACAGUGUACUGGGGAAAGGCUAGAAGAGUCUGGUGAAGUGUCCCUGCUGAUUGAUCUGGUGAGACGCAAAUGCCAGUGGAGAAAGAUAUUAGAAUAAGAUUGGCAGCUCUGCUGAAUGCUCAGAGAAGCUGUAAUUUCCUUUAUUUCUUAAAUCUUGUUGCUGGUAAUGAGUUACACAGCAGUUGGGAGAGAGAAUAUUACAGCUUUGAUUCCUCUCCUGUCACAAUGAAAUCUGUUCACUCUUACUAACUGGUUUUGGUAGUGAGACUGUUUAUAUAUAUAAAUUUGCUUUAUAUAUAUAAAAUGCUUUCACUUUCCCUGUUCUGUGUCAAGGCUAAUACCAUAUGCCACUCUGUCAACCGUUAGGACUCCUCUCUGCUUAGGGUUUAGAACUUCGGACUUUGGGAGGAUGGUUUUGGUUUUAAACAAAUGUUGUUUGGUUUUCAUUUUAUUAAACUAUUACUUUGUGUGCAAAAGUGAGCAAAGUGAAUUACCUUGUUUUAAUAGCUUUGCUUUAUAACAUGUAAACCAAAUGCCAUAAAUCUAUUAAACUAUGGUUAAAUUGUUGAAAGGUUUUGUUAGUUGUCUAGAAUGCAAGCUGGACAACCUGUGGUGCUGACCUUUUUAUAUAUAUAGAGAUAGAUAUAUCUAUAUAUAUAUAGAUAUACACAUAUAUAUAUAUCUAUAUAUUAAAAAAAAUAUUAGCAAACCUAAAAGUAGCAUUGUGGUCUAAAAUGUGUUUUUACUGGCCUCAGAAUCUACCUUCAUUUUGUACUGUAGAACCAUACCAGGUAAUUAAACUUAACUUCAUCACUCUUCAUGGUUAGCUAAAACAUGAGAGAGAUGUAGUUUAAACCACAGUAUUUCCAAGCAGUAUUUUAAUAGGUCUCUUCACAGAGAGCUGUUUUCAGGUGCACGUUUGCUUCCUACUUAAAUCUCCGAGUGACAUGCCAGCACUUGGAAUUUGUACUUUUUUGUAUAGAAAAACAAAUACUUUAUGGGAAUUUUGAGCAAUAUGUUAUUUCAUGUGUGAGUAUUGCAGAGUUGCUAUGGCUUCUCUGUUUUUUCAGUGUUUUUUUUUCUCUAUAAAGGAGCUACCAACAACUUUAAAAAUACUCUAAAUCUUUUUUGUUUCACCAAAUACGUGUUUUAAAUAUGGUGCUAACUUCAUAAUUUAGGUCAGUAUAAUAUAUAACAUGUGAAACAUAAUGGUCAAGGAAAAAAAAUCCCCAAAAACAGACAAACAAAAGCCCUCCUACACAAACCAAAUCCUCCAAAAUCUCAACCAAACAGAAAAAAAAAAAAAAAAAAAGAAAAAAGAAAAAAAAAAAGAAAAAAACCCAACAAUCCCAUACCACAAAAAAAAGCAAUGGCUUAAAAGACCUCAAAAGCAUGGGCUGGCAAACACUACUGUUUAACAUUCUACCUGAUGAACAGAAUUCAUUAUUAAACUAAUCACAUACUUCUUUAGAAUACAGGUUUUAUAUUAUUGGGUCUUAUGUUUGUUUAGCUGAUACUGAAAAUCCAUUUGUGAACGUGCUGUUUAACUCUCAAAAAUUAGAAAAUAAAAGCACGUUUCUAAAUUAUUGGAAAUAAAAAGGCAGGUUUGCUAUCUUGUAAAACUUUUUGGCCUCGGUGAAGCUGGGGCAUAUUUGUGCAACAGCUUUAUUAAAUACACUAAUUCUUCAUAUUGUGACACUCUGCAAUAAGAAUUAAUCUCUCCAACAUGGAUUUACAGUAUAACCCCCACCUGCUCCGUUGGAGCAGAUUCAGUUAAAUUAAGUACAUCAUUUGCCUCUUUGUCCUAAAACUGCCUAAAUAAAGAGGUGGGGGUGGGGAGAUGUUUCUCUCCUUGAAGCAACAACAGAAAUUUUGUUUCCAGUAAGGGAAGGGAUAGUCUGUGUCUUAAGGCAGGUAGUCUAUAUGUUUACCCACCUAAAAACAUGGUGUUUCUGAUACAGUUUUUUCCUUGAGUGUUUGUUUUAAGUAAUUAAAUGCAAAAAGUGUGUUUUGGUAAAUUAAGUUUGGGACAUGCAAAAUCCAAGAAAUGUACAGUUAUUCUUAACCCUUUAUCUUGAACCUGUGCUGUGGUGCCUUUGGUGUGACUUUUUCCCUGGAAGGAUGACUUGAGGAUAGCAGGAUAUGGGUACAAAUUUAUAUUUCUUGAAUUUCUCUGUGUCACAAUCUUAGCAUUAUUUAAAUCUAGUUCUUUGUAUUUGUAAAUGUAUUAAAAUGGUUUGAGUUUACCAAAGAGUGACUUAUCCAAAAUUGUCUCAGACAAAAGCAAACAAGAGAACAACAUCACGUUGAUUGUACAGGUUCAGGUUCAGAACAUUGUGACAGACUGUUAAGGGGCAGGAACUGAUCCAUUUUCGUGCGAGCCGUGGUUCAGCAGUGUGCAGCGUCCUUGCCUCCAAGCCAUAGUGCAGCUCUGCGUGCAGCGGCGCUCUGCCGGGCACCAGCGUCACCCCUGGCAGCCGCGCUGCCACUGUGCCUUGUCACACGGCGGGGUGCCAGCAUCGGCGCUGUCACAGGCACCGGGCGUGACCGCCCGGCAGUGCUCUAGCCCAGGGUGGAAACACUGUGCAGUGUCUCGUGCCUGUGCAGUUCGCAGCACAGAGCUGUUACACAUUUCAUUUACAAUAAAUGCAGAAGUCAAUAGAAUAUGUGAAGAAAUAUUUGACAGCAAAAUAAGUAAUGAAACUAUACAGGCUGGUUCAUAAUUGAGUCUCUUCUUAAUCUACCUUUUUAAUUCUAGACAAAUGUGAAAACAGUGACAGUGUCCUUUCCUCUAGAUGCAUAAUCUAUUCUGACAAACUGUGAAAGUAAAGGAUUUUAUACCUUUGCUAAUGUUGCUGGUUUAAAACUAUUAUUUUAGUUUUCUUUAUCAGUUAUCUUCCAUAUUACUUCUUUUAAACUUGUAAAUACAUUUAGAAAAUAGCUUUGUGAAUACUUACAAGUGUAUUAAAAGUUCUGUUUGGUCACUAAGGCCUCAAGAUUGGCUCUGCUUUUUUGAGUGUGAAAUCUUUCUGUAGCAUAAAGGAUACUGUCAGUUCACUGUCAGCAGGGUAGACUGUAGGCCUAAAUUGAGAGUUUUAAUGCAGUCUUCCCCAGCAUAAAUUCAUGUUUUACGCUGAAGCCUUUGGUUUACUUUGGACAAAACAAUGAGGCCUCUCUUAAUAUGUUUAGGCUGAAUUAUGGGAAGAACAACAGGAAUAAAAUCAAGGGCUGGGAAAAUAUUGAAUAAGCUUUACCUUUAAAUAUAUAUAUAUAUUAUUUUAAUUUUUGUAUUAGUUUACUGUGAUUCUUUUAUUGUCAUUUUUCUAAACAGGUUUUACAUUAAACCAUUGAAAGGGACUCAAAUAUGCAACACCUAAUCUAUUUUCCAAGGGAAUUUUACCCUUGAAUGGUGCUUUUUGACUGGUCAGGGUUAUUUAUUAAAUUUUAUAUUUGAAAGUAUUUGGGGAAUUAUGUAAAUUCUUUAUAUGAAUCUCUUUAUUUCAUGAAUUGUAAAUUUCAUAAUACUCAGUGAUCAAAUUGGAAGUUUAGUAAAGUCAUUCAAAAUGUUCAAACUUUAUAAUCUGUGUGCAUUUUACAUAUAUUUUAUCAAGUGCCAGAAUACUUGUAUUUAAUAUUGUAGAUUUAAUACUACUUGCACAUCCCUGUGGCAGCAUUAACUUAAUUUACGCAAGUUUACAUUUGAAAAAAAAAAAAAACCUAAACAAAUAAGUAAGCCUGGGACAUGUGUUCCUGUAUUUCUUCAGGGGAUGUGAAGCCACAUAUCACUGACUGAGCAGGUUUGCUUCCUGCUCCUGUAGCUCACUCCUGCUAUGGCAGAUACAGAACUGCUGACUCCCAUUCCCACAGGCCAGGGAUUCAGCCUUUGAACUCAGCCUGACAACCUCUGCUUGUAGGUCUGGUUAGAGGUAGAGCUCUUGCACGACUUUAACAGUGUUUGUUUCUGACUGAAAAUUUGUAUUUUUAAAUAAAUUUUAUUUGUAUGGUUAUUUUUCAAGAUAAAUAAUUGAACAGUUUGAAUGACUUGACUUGGUGUCAUUAUCUUGCAAUAUAAACCGGGAACCUCACACCUCCGCACUUCAUCGCCAUGUGAAGUAAAUGAAGCUAGCUAAGCUGAUGCUGUAAGAAUUAGUAACUUGCCAUUAGGAUUAUUUUACAGCAUGAACUUUAAAAUAUUUAUUCAGAUGAUAUUUUACUCUUGUAUUCACUUUGUUUUUAGAUUUGUGACAUGAAUAUUUCUGUGCUGCUUUAUUUUGUUCUGAUGAAUUUGUUUCUUGCUUGUAAAUUGCCUUUUUUAUGGUAUAAAGUCAAUCGGAAUUGCUGUUUGUAAAUUAAAAUGCUUCUAGAGCAAA